AUGAGUCUGUACACGCUGUUAGUAACUUUGCUCUGCACGGUCGUGCUUCCAGUGCUGCUGAUCCUGGCUGCGGUUAAACUCUGGCAGAUUUUGGUUAUCAGAGGGCUGGAUUCGAGCUGUUCGAGUCCGCUCCCUCCAGGCACCAUGGGUCUGCCCUUUAUUGGAGAGACGCUUCAGCUUAUUCUACAGAGAAGAAAAUUCUUGAGGAUGAAGAGGCAAAAGUAUGGACACAUCUACAAGACGCACCUCUUCGGUAACCCCACGGUGCGCGUCAUGGGCGCUGAGAAUGUGCGCCAGAUCCUGCUGGGGGAGCACAAACUUGUGGCCGUGCAGUGGCCCGCCUCGGUCAGGACCAUCCUCGGGUCUGACACCCUCUCUAACGUGCACGGAUCCCUGCACAGAAACAAGAAGAAGGCCAUCCUGAAGGCUUUCUCUCGGGAUGCUCUGGAGAACUACAUCCCAGUGAUCCAGGAGGAGGUGAGGUGUGCCAUCACUGACUGGUUGCAGCGCGACACUCCUGUCCUGGUCUACCCCGAAAUGAAGCGCCUCAUGUUCCGCAUUGCCAUGAGAAUCCUCCUGGGCUUCGAGCCCGAUCAGAUCAAAAGAGACGAGCAGGAGCUGGUCGAGGCUUUCGAGGAGAUGAUCAAGAACCUGUUCUCUCUCCCCAUUGACGUUCCUUUCAGCGGUUUAUAUCGGGGCUUGAAAGCCAGAAAUUUCAUCCAUGCCAAAAUCGAGGAGAACAUCAGGAAGAAGAUUCAGGAUGGUGAUAAUGAGAAUGAACCCAGGUACAAGGAUGCACUCCAGCAGCUGAUCGAGAACAGCAGGAGAAGCGACGAGCCUCUGAGCAUGCAGGCGAUGAAAGAGGCGGCGACAGAGCUUCUUUUCGGAGGCCACGAGACGACAGCCAGCACAGCCACCUCUCUGGUGAUGUUUCUGGGCCUGAAUCCAGAGGUGAUCCAGAGGAUUCGAGAGGAACUGGAAGACAAUGAGAUUUCAAGCUCGAAUUUGCCUGAAAAGGUUCUUAAUAUGGAGACGCUCGAACAUUUUAAGUACACCGGCUGUGUCAUCAAGGAGACCCUCAGAAUUAACCCGCCCGUGCCCGGAGGAUUCCGGGUAGCAUUAAAAACAUUUGAGCUUAAUGGUUACCAGAUUCCUAAAGGCUGGAACGUCAUCUACAGCAUUUGUGACACACACGAUGUCGCGGACGUUUUCCCCAACAAAGAGGAAUUUCAGCCGGAGCGGUUCAUGACCAAAGGCCCGCAGGACGGCUCCAGGUUCAAUUACAUCCCCUUCGGAGGAGGAUCGCGGAUGUGCGUGGGCAAGGAGUUCGCCAAGGUGCUUCUCAAGAUCGUUUUGGUCGAGCUGGCGCAGAACUGCAGCUGGACUCUUUUGAAUGGACCCCCGACGAUGAAGACGGGUCCGACCGUGUACCCCGUGGACAAUCUCCCCACUAAGUUCUGCCACUACGUCAGCAAAUAG